GUGCUUCGGCUCAAUAUACACAGUUAAGUUCAGUUCUAAUGGGUAGUGUGCUGCAACCAAGGUUGGCGUCAGCUCCUCACGUAAGAAGGACAGCAGAAUUCACCGGAAAGCUGGUGUUGCAGCUGCAUCCAUCCAAGAAGGAAGAAUACAGGGCGAAGCCUGCAUCAAAAUGGCCAACAUGGCAAUUCAGAUCAUUGGGUUCUCUUUUGGUCUCCUCAGUCUCUUCGGAACAUUGAUUGCCACCGUUUUACCGCACUGGCGUAGGACGGCGCACGUGGGCGUGGAUAUUAUCACCGCCAUGGAGUUCAUGAAAGGACUUUGGAUGGAAUGCGUCUGGCAAAGUACGGGCAUCUACCAGUGCCAGGUCCACCGAUCGCAGCUGGCACUGCCCACAGACCUCCAGGCCGCUCGUGCCCUGAUGGUGAUCUCCUGCUUGCUUUCCACGCUGGCCACUUGCAUUUCCGUGGUGGGUAUGAAGUGCACGGUGUGCUGCAGGGAAACCUCAUCCAAACAUCACAUCGCCAUCUCAGGAGGAGCCUGUUACGUUCUGGCCGGCAUCGUGUGUCUCAUUCCAGUGUCCUGGUCAACUAGUGACCUUAUCCGUGAUUUCUACAACCCAGUCUUAACAACCGGCACCAAAUACGAAAUGGGGGAGGCUCUGUACAUUGGCUUUGUAUCGACAGGCAUGGCUCUCGUUGGUGGGACUCUCCUGUGUCUUCCAUGCCCUCAGCAAGGCAAUGGCAGACCCGACCAACCCCAAGCCUCAUUCACGCAGACUACACCUCAGCAUGGUCCGCCUUCCGUUUGUAAAGGCAACUAUUCCACAUCACAGACGUCUGCCUCACUUAGCGAUUAUCGUUUAAAUGACUAUGUCUGAGUAAAGAGAGACUUCAGUGCAAACCACGCAUCGAGGUCGCAUGGAAUUGCAAUGAAGUCGAAUGGAAGUGCGAAAAGCAUCUGCACUUCAGAGCUGCAAGAAGUAAUGUACCGUAUAUAUUAACUUUGUUCUGCACCCUGCAGAUCAAUGGGAGUUCCAGUUAACUUGUAGGAGAAAUUCACUGACUUUUGCUAAUGGAGGGAGCAGCAUGCAAACUUUCAUUCAUCCAACUUUUUUGAAAACACAUUUCACUGUCCCCAUGACCACAUGGUAGAACUGUAGAUUGCAACUAACGAGUUCAAUGUUGGCUGUUUGAUAUGUGAUCUGACUUGGUCUUUGAAAAUAAUUGUUCACUAUGGACCAUUGCUGAUAAUUACUGAAGUCUUAUGUGUGCCAGAUUUUUGGAAAUGUGCCACUUUACAGAGAUCCUAGAUGCAGUAUUCGAGUCUGUGUAUAUUUUGUUAUCUGAACGGAGAAUUCUGUAAAAUAAUCAAUGCGAAGUUUGCCAUUGGAAGGUUUUGUUUUACAACAUAUGCACCUACAAUGCU